AUGGAUGACAUAGAAAAACAUAGAGAAAAUUCCGAUGCACCAAAGCUUGAGGAGGCCAAAGCAAAGGACAAGGACGAGGACGAGGACGCGGGCGUUGGGAGGUCGUACGAGUGCAGCUUCUGCAAGCGCGGCUUCACCAACGCUCAAGCCCUCGGCGGCCACAUGAACAUCCACCGGAAGGACAAGGCCAAGGCCAAGCAGAAGAACCAACAACAACAACACGAAACCUCGAAUAAGUCCAAAGAGAAUCCUAUGUUUAUGCAGCAGAAGGUAUCAUCAUCCCCUGAUCAUCCUCAUCAUCAUCACUACAAGCAGAUGAAUUAUCAAGUCUACUUGCCCUCGUCAAACCCUAGUUCUCGAGGCGGGAAUAGUUAUUCGCCUCUUUCAAGGCCGGAGGAGGCGGAUUUGUGGCUGAGGAUGGGAGCCUCGCCGGCUGGUGGUGGUGGAGGUAGCAAUGUGGAGGAGACUGAAGUGGAUUUGGAGCUCCGGCUUGGCCACGACAAGUGA